CAAGUCUAGAAAGAAAUCCAUUUCUGGAGUAAAGUAUAAAUAACCAGCGAACCAGACCAGCUUGAUUCACAAAUUCGAUUCCAUCUCUCAACGAUUCACUGAAAUUCUCAUUAUCAAAACCCUAAGUUCAAAAUCAUUUUAGGUUAUCAAUGGAAGGAACUGCAACUGCAAGUAUUGUUGGUAAUGGAGGAAGAAAAGGCGGUGAUAGAAAGAAAGCUGUAACAAAAUCUGCUAAAGCCGGAUUACAAUUCCCAGUUGGAAGAAUCACUCGUUUCUUGAAGAAAGGUCGUUAUUCUCAACGUCUUGGUUCUGGUGCUCCCGUUUACAUGGCUGCUGUUCUUGAAUAUCUCGCUGCUGAGGUAUUGGAAUUGGCUGGAAAUGCUGCAAGAGACAACAAGAAAUCAAGAGUUAUCCCAAGACAUUUAUGUUUAGCGAUAAGGAAUGAUGACGAAUUAGGGAAAUUGCUUGCUGGUGUUACAAUUGCUAGUGGCGGUGUUCUUCCUAACAUUAACGCUGUAUUGUUACCUAAGAAGAGCGGGAAGGCUGAGGCAGAGAAACCUAAAUUUGCAGGAAAAUCUGUUGCUUCGAAAUCUCCAAAGAAGUAAUAAUAAGAUUUAGAUCUAGUUUAUUAGUAGUAGUGCUCAUAUCUUAUCUAGGUUUAAUUCUGGAAGUGUAAGUAAUGAAAUUAAUGGUUACCUUUCGGGUUGUAAUGUGUAAUGAAAAUCAUCUUUUUGAAAUAUAAGUUUACCAUUCGACGCCAUAA